CUUGUUUGGGCCUGUCGACACCUGCCGCCAUGUCGGUUUCAAUGCGCCCCUCCGCCUUCUGUGGCAGCCGCAACAUGACUGCCAAGGCCAACUACGCCGUCCAGCCCGUGGUUGUACGCGCCAACCGCUCGCAGAGGCGGAGGUGUUGCAUCGUCAUCAGUGCUUACGCACAGAGGGCUGAGUACAUCUGGGCUGAUGGUCUGGAGGGGAGCCCCGCCAAGGGCACCGUGUUCAACGAGAUGCGCUCCAAGACAAAGGUCAUCCAGCAGCCGAUCACCACCUUCGAGCCCAAGGACUUCCCCGACUGGUCAUUCGAUGGCUCCUCCACCGGCCAGGCCGAGGGCAACAACUCCGACUGCAUCCUCAACCCCGUGGCGGUCUACCCCGACCCCAUCCGCGGAGGAGACGACGUGCUGAUUGUGUGCGACGUGCUCAACCCGGACGGCACCCCCCACGACACCAACACCCGCGCCCAGCUGGUGGAGCUCCUCACUCCAGACGUGGUCGCGGAGCAGCCCCUCUACGGCUUCGAGCAGGAGUACACGAUGCUGAACAAGUCUGGGCAGGUGUACGGCUGGCCCAACGGCGGCUUCCCCUUCCCCCAGGGCCCCUUCUACUGCGGUGUCGGCUCAGAGUCCGUCUAUGGCCGCCCCCUGGCCGAGGCCCACAUGGACGCUUGCAUCAAGGCGGGCCUGAUCAUCAGCGGCAUCAAUGCUGAGGUGAUGCCUGGGCAGUGGGAGUUCCAGAUCGGCCCCGUGGGCCCCACCGAGGUGGGUGACCAGGUCAUGGCCGCCCGCUGGCUGCUGCACCGCCUCGGAGAGAACUUCGGCAUCGUCUCCACCUUCGCCCCCAAGCCCGUCAAGGGUGACUGGAACGGCACUGGCGCGCACACCAACUUCUCCACGGAGUCCAUGCGCAACGAGGGCGGCAUGAAGGCCAUCCUGGAGGCCAUCGAGCGCCUGUCCAAGACCCACCCCGAGCACAUCAGCCAGUACGGCACCGGCAACGAGGAGCGCCUGACCGGCAAGCACGAGACGUGCGACAUGAACACCUUCAGGUAUGGUGUGGCUGACCGCGGCUCGUCCAUCCGCAUCCCCCUCCCAGUCCAGCUGAAGGGCUAUGGCUACCUUGAGGACAGAAGGCCUGCUGCCAAUGUGGACCCUUACACUGUGGCGCGCCUUCUUAUCAAGACCAUCCUCAAGUGAGACCACUGACACCGCCGUCACGGUGACAGAUUAAGAGGAUGCGGAUAUUCCUUUGAAUACUAAAGAGAAUUCCUUGGCGCAGAAGGCGCUCUUAGAGCAGCUCCACAUCGCGAGCAAUUGUCCCAGGCCUGUUGCUUUCUGCUCAAAGAAUUGUUGUGUUGCAGAUAUGCUGUUGUCUUGUUGCGAACUGCCUCGAGCCUGCAGAUCUCUGUUUUCCUGUUCUGGAACGGUUUUUGGCGUCGGCAGUGAACAAAAAUCUGUGCGAAUGCCUUCCAUUGAGCUUUGAGAGAACAUUGCCAGCACUGCUAGCAAGGUUGUACCUAGUGUGGUCCUGAGAAGAGCACUGUGUAAUUACAAGCCGUUGUUCUUGCUC